CUUUAUGUGUAUGUAACUUCCUGUGAUUCAAUUCAGUCCAAUUCAAUAUACUUGAUUGGCGUGACCAUUUAAAGAAAAAAGUGUCGCCAUAGCUUAGAACAUAGAAAUACAUCGAAACCUUGAACAUUCAGAAACAUAGAAUAUAAAACGUGGUAAAAUACACACACACACACACACACAGUACCUUACUUAACCUUCUUGUAAAAGUAAUGUGUUUUUGGGCGAGUAAUCUACAGACAAAAAAUGUGUAUGAACUUGGACAUCAGAGGGCAGCAUUGCCAUGUCAAAAGUGUAUGGUGUUAUUAAAACGGUCAGGUAAAUUGUGCCUAGGUAAAUCAACGAGCCUCUUGAAUGAUUUAAAUGAUUUCAAGUGGCCUACAUUCUGAUCGCUGUAACCUUGCCUGAAGGUUUAUCAGUAUAUGCACGUGGUUUGUUUGGCCACAAGAGCCGUUAUCGUCAGCUACAUGUUUUUAUUUAUUUCAUGUCUUUUAUUCCUUUUCUCUGAAAGGCUUUUGAGCUUUUAAGGCUAUUCUAUUUCACAGCUAUGAAUGCCUGCAACUGAGUAUAAUUAAGAAGCGAGUUAGUUAUAGCAUUAUUUCGCAUUAGCUUCCUAUCCCUUCUUCGUGUGGUCUAAUAAAAAAAUGACAGAAACAUCUGAUUUAAUCAACUCAUACCGCAUACCUGUAAUGUUAAAUGUCUUAGUACAGCAUUGAUUUUUCCUUUCAAAUAAACGCAUCUAAGUUCCGAGAUGCACCUCCUAGAGCGCUUAGCUGUUAAUUUAAUUAAGGUGUUAAUGACGUGAGUUUGAGGACGGUGGCAUGCUCAGUCCAACCACCCAAACAUGUUCUUGUUUAUGAGACUGGCUGGGAUACUCCAACCUACCACACAAUACCUGUCAUCAGAUCUGCAUUUGAACUCGCUGCUGUAGGUUUAAUCACAAACCUUGUCAGUGCUGCUGCCAUGUGAAAUCGUAACGCCUCACCGUGCCUCGAUGGAUUUCAAAUGUGGGAUUUGCUCGCUGUCUGUGGAAUCCGGGCCCACGUGUUGGGGCGACGUUGAGUGAGUGAAGUGUCAACUUUGACAAGUUGCCCAGACAAGGACAUGGAGAAUCUACUGCCCUACCUGUCAAGAAGCCAUUAUCAGGGCUGGAUGAGGGUCAUUGACAUGAAGGGCUCCUCCAUCCACUGGAUCUCAUGUGGUCAGCCCUUCACCGAGCCAAUCACAUGGAAGCUGAAGUUCUGCAUCGCCACAGCCUUUCAACUGGUCAUGCUGGACCAAGAUGAACUCCACCCGUUACUGCAGCGGGAGCGCCGGGCGGAGUCCUGCACCGUGUGGAUGCUGCACCACCACACCUCCAGCAUCCCGGAGGGGGAGGAGCAGACGCCCCCCCCGUCCCACAACAACCAUCCCAGCACCCCCAGCUGCAAGCCGGCCCCUGAGAGGGUGUGCAGGAGGCGGAGCAUGCCAGGCAGCACCUCAGAGAAGACCACGCCCCUGGAGCCCGGAGCCUCCACCCCCUUCAGGGUCACGGGCUUCCUGAGCCGCAGGCUGAAGGGCUCCAUUAAGCGCACGAAGAGCCAGCCCAAACUGGACCGCCACAGCAGCUUCAGACACAUCCUGCCUGCCUUCAAGACCGGCGAGAAUGAGCGAUCCCAUCUGAUGCCGAGAUUGAAGGAGUCUCGCUCCCACGAGUCGUUGCUCAGCCCCAGUAGUGCAGUCGAAGCUCUGGACCUCAGCAUGGAGGACGAGGUGCUCAUCAAACCAGUGCACAGCAGCAUCCUCGGACAGGACUACUGCUUCGAGGUGACCACAUCAACAGGAAGCAAAUGUUUCUCCUGCCGCUCGGCCGCAGAGAGGGACAAAUGGAUGGAGAACUUACGACGGGCCGUGCAUCCCAACAAAGACAACAGUCGCCGCGUGGAGAACCUACUGAAACUGUGGAUUAUUGAAGCUAAAGCCUGCUACCUGCCGGCCAAGAAGAAGUACUUCUGCGAGCUCUGCCUGGACGACACGCUUUACGCGCGGACUACCUGCAAACUCAAAACAGACAAUGUCUUCUGGGGGGAGCACUUUGAGUUCAACAACCUGCCCACCAUCAAGAGCAUCACGGUGCACCUGUACAAGGAGACGGACAAGAAGAAAAAGAAAGACAAGAACAACUACGUGGGAUUGGUCAACAUCCCCAUCGGUGCGGUCACGGGGCGGCAGUUCAUGGAGAAAUGGUACACCGUCAGCACCCCGAACCCCAACAAGGGCAAGACGCCGGGCCCCAUGAUCCGCAUGAAGUCCCGGCACCAGAGCAUGUGCAUCCUGCCCAUGGAGCAGUACAAGGAGUUCGCCGAGUACAUCACCAACAACUACCUGCUCAUGUGCUCCAUGCUGGAGCCGGCGCUCAGCGUCAAGAACAAGGAGGAGAUGGCGUCCGCCCUCGUGCACAUCCUGCAGAGCACGGGAAAGGCCAAGGACUUCCUGACGGAUCUGAUGAUGUCAGAGGUGGAUCGAUGCGGUGAGAACGAGCACCUGAUCUUCAGAGAGAACACACUGGCAACAAAAGCCAUCGAGGAGUACCUCAAACUGGUGGGGCAGAAGUACCUGCAGGAUGCACUGGGUGAGUUCAUCAAGGCCCUGUACGAAUCGGAUGAGAACUGUGAGGUGGACGCGUCCAGGUGUUCCAGCUCUGACCUGGCCGAACACCAGAGCAACCUGAAGAUGUGCUGCGAACUCGCCUUCUGCAAGAUCAUCAACUCCUACUGCGUGUUUCCACGGGAACUGAAGGAGGUGUUUGCGUCAUGGCGGCAGGAGUGCGGUAACCGGGGGCGACCGGACAUCAGUGAGCGCUUGAUCAGCGCGUCGCUCUUCCUGCGGUUCCUGUGUCCGGCCGUGAUGUCGCCGUCGCUCUUCAACCUGACGCAGGAGUACCCAGACGACCGCACCGCGCGCACGCUCACACUCAUCGCCAAGGUUACGCAGAACCUGGCCAACUUCACCAAGUUUGGCAGUAAGGAAGAGUACAUGUCCUUCAUGAAUCAGUUCCUGGAGCACGAGUGGACCAACAUGCAGCGCUUCCUGCUAGAGAUCUCCAACCCUGAGACCAUCUCCAACACGGCGGGCUUCGAGGGCUACAUCGACCUGGGCCGAGAGCUCUCCACCCUCCACUCGCUACUCGCAGAGGCUGUGGCACAGCUGGACCAGAGCACGGCCUCCAAGCUUGGCCCAUUGGCGAGGAUCCUUCGUGAUGUCAACGCAGCAUUGGCCAAUCCCUGUGGAGCUCCUCUGGCCACACCCACUGAGAGGGUGGGGUCACCUAGUCUCCCCUCGUGCAGCCUCUCGACUGGCCUGCAGAAACUCGCCAUGGACGGAGAACUGACUGGGCUGGUGGACUUCACCCGAUUACCGUCUCCGACGCCCGAGAACAAGGAGCUGUUCUUCGUGACGCGGGGCUCCGUGGUGCAGCCGUCUCCCGCCCGCAGCUCCAGCUACUCGGAUGCCAACGAGGCGGAGAACGCCCCCUCCUCCUCCGCCCUGCCCAACGGCAUGCGCAGCCUCUCCCUGCUGGACCUGCAGGAGUCACACAGCCUGGAGACCGCCCCGAGUCUGGAGCUUCCCCCGGACGCCCAGUCCCCCACCGGACUCUCAGGAGGGGGGGGCGCCUGGGCUGGCCGAGGGGGUCCCACGCUCCGCCGGGGUCCCCAGACCCCCACCACGCCCGGCGAGGGCGUCCCGGGCCGGGCCCAGAUGCUGGCGCCACUCUCCUUCCAGAACCCCGUGUACCAGAUGGCUGCGGGGCUGCCGGUGUCGCCCCGCGGGCCCCCGGACUCGGGUUCCGAGGGCCACAGCUCUGUCAGCUCGCAGGGGAACCCCGACGACACGCCCAACGCCCCAAAACACGCCUUCCUGCCCCAGGGGGGAGGAGGAGGGGCUGGCAGCGGGGGCGGGAGCAGCGGGGGGGAGGAGUUUGGGGUGCGGCGCUCCGGUGAGUUCACCACACGGCGCCAGCUGUCGCUCACGGAGACACAGCAGCAGCCGCCGCCGAUAGGCAACGUCCCACGGCAGAACAGCGCCGGCCCACAGCGCCGGAUAGACCAGCCGCCGCCACCGCCCGUCACUGUCACCAGGGGGCGCACUCCGCCCAGCGUGCUCAGCAACGCCCCCUACCCACGGCCCUCCAGCGGCAGCAUGAUGUCCUCGUCGUCCCCAGACUGGCCAGCAGGUGGCAGCAGACUCAGGCAGCAGUCGUCCUCGUCUAAAGGAGGGGACAGUCCAGAGAGCAAGCAGCGCACACUCCACAAGCAGGCUCCAUCUCCAGUGAACCCUAACGCCCUGGACCGUACGGCUGCCUGGCUGCUCAACAUGAAUGUGCAGUAUCUGGACCAAGAGGGAGCCGAGGGCGACUUCAAGGGCAAAGAGGAGCUCACACAGACAGAAAAGUACCAACAGGAGAUCGGCCUGCUGCAGGAGCGUCUGCGCGCGUCCGCCCUGAAGCUGGAGGAGUACGAGACGCGCAUGUCCUCCCAGGACGAGCAGACGCACAAGAUGCUGCUGGAGUACCAGUCCCGUCUGGAGGAGACAGAGGACCGCCUCCGCAGGCAGCAGGACGACAAGGAGCUGCAGAUGAAGAGCAUCAUCACCAGGUUAAUGUCAGUGGAAGAGGAGCUGAAGAAGGAUCACUCUGACAUGCAGGCCAUCGUUGACUCCAAGCAGAAAAUCAUCGAGGCCCAGGAGAAGAGAAUAGCGUCUCUGGAUGCGGCUAACGCUCGGCUCAUGAGCGCCCUCACGCAGCUGAAGGAGCGCUACAGCAUGCAGACACGCAACGGCAUCAGCCCAACCAACCCCUCCAAACUACAGAUCACAGAGAACGGAGAGUUCAGAAACAGCUCCAACUGCUAGCCUGCACACACACACAUUAUACAUAAAAUACCACCAGUCCAACCAACCCUACAAAGCUGAAUAUCAAUGAGAUUAGAACAUUUUGAAAUAGCAUUAACUAAUAGCAAACACACACACACACACACACACACACACACACACACUCAGCGUAUGCACAAAUUCACACCCAUACACACGCCACACCAAUGCACACGUGAUCAUAAACACAUUGGCAGACAGCAUCUGACAGACACCAAGGACCGGCC